GGAUACGUUGGUAGCUUUCGACGUUCCUGCCACGCCAGCGAGACGUAACUCGCAGAGAGACGACGUUCUCCAGGAGAGCGCGUCGGAGGAGCUCUCGUAUUGGUUAGAUUAUAUUUUCUUGUAAUCGUGUUCGUAAUUCGCGAAGCUGGCCUCGCGUGUGUAACACAUAUAUAUAUAUAUAUAUAUGUAUAUUUAUAUUUAUAUAUAUAUAAAUAUAAAUAAAUAAAUAUAUAUACAUAUAUAUAUAUAUAUAUAUAUAUUAUCUAAGAAAAGAGAAAGAGUAGACGUGUAGUGUGUCAAUACGUGUUCGAGAAAGAGAGGGAGAAAGAAAGAGAGGAGCCUAACACGUUGCGAUACGAAUCGAUCCGAACGUCGGAGUUACCGGAGAAACAGAGAAAAAGAGAGAGAGAGAGAGAGAAAAAGAGAAACUUAUGUGUUUGUGACACGAGAAAGAGAAAGACACGAUGUGUCGUCGUUUGUGACGACGACGAGCGAAGAAAUUUGCAGUUAUAUUCCCUCUUUUUCUUCCCUUUCGUUCUCUUCUAAUUUUCUUCAAUUUCGUUCUCUUUCUCCAACAUCGUUGUCCUCGUCGUCAUCGUCGUCAUCGUCGUCGUCGUCGUCGUCGUCGUUCUUCUUCUUCUUCUUCUCGUUUUCUCUUUCCUUCGCCUUUUCGUCGUUUUCUUCCUCAAUUCCCCCUUCCAUCACAUUUUGAUCUACUCCUACCACUGCAGAGAAUUUUCUUCCUUCCCUACAUCGUUCUCGGUUGCUCGCGGUUUAGACACGAGAGAGAAAGAGAGAUAGAUAGAUAGAUAGACAGAUAGAAAAAUAGAUAGAUAGAUAGAUAAAGAGAAAGAGAGAGGAAGAAAGACGGAUCUAGAAUUGAGAAAGAGACAGGUAGAUCGAGAAAAAAGAGGAAAGAAGAGAAAUCAAAGAAACAUUUACGAGAGGAAAGACAGAGAUAUUAAAAGAGAGAGAGAGAGAAGGAGAGAGAAAGAGAGGGAGAAAGAGUAAAAGAAAGAGUAAGAGUAUCUACAUACAUUCGUGGGCGGUGAGUGAUUGUGUGAUCGUCGGUGGCCAGUUUCCAUUGGAAGUCAUGCGAGAUACCAGCGAUAUGACGGAGGACGCCCUGUCAGAGGACACCAUGAUGGAUUGCGGAGGAGACGGUGGAGCUUUAGAAGAUUUCGUCGAAUUGGCGACUGACAUUGCUGAUUCCUCACGAACCAUACGAGAUGCCGCUGAAAGGUUGCUGACAUUAUUGGGCGUAGACGAUGAAAACGAUGAUCUCCUUUCCUCUUCCGAAGACGAGGGUGUCGAGGUAGACGUAGAAGACGAAGAGGACGAGGAUCGACCUGAAAAUACAAGGUUACUUCAUCAAUUAGCGGCAUCGUUGGCACAAGAGUUGAAAUAUUCACAGCAAAAGCAUGACCCAGGACCUACGAGGAUAAUUGCCCAAGGACGGGGAAACUUCGACGAGAGAGAUCAAAAUGUUGAGAUGGUCCAGGACGAUAGUUUCCACGGUCAAAGUCCUUUUCGAAAUCAGAUUGACCUAAAAACGUCGGACAGUCAAUUCCAUGGUGAUCCCUUUGUUCAGAAUCAAUUCGCUCCUACAAGGAGAUACUCCUUUGGGUAUUCUUUCCAAGGUCAUUCAAAUGAUCUCGACGUUUUUGAAACGAAGGAGAGUUUAAAAACGUCGAAUCGUCAUCAUUAUCGUCAUCAUCAUCAUCAUCAUCAUCAUCAUCAUCAUCGUCGUCGUCGUCGUCAUCGUCAUCAUCAUCAUCAUCAGCAGCAGCAGCAGCAGCAACAACAACAGCAGCAACAGCAACAGCAGCAGCAUCGUUCGAAGAUGAAUGACGAACAAGAGGAAAGAUCGAUCCUUCAUCGGGAUCACGUUUCUGGAUCUUGGGGUUCUGGCUGGGAUGCCUGUGCCACGGAAGCUUUGAGAUAUCUCGUGGAAGACGAAGGACUGCCAGCUCAUCAUCCAACCGUCCUGGCGAUGAAAAAUCAUCUUGAGCUUCAAAGAGGACGAGUAUUCGCUCAGUACACCGCAUAAACGAGUUUAACGAGUUGCGAGAGUUGUCUCGGUACACAUUCGUCGAGGCACCCAUAUAUAUUGUGAUAAUCGUGCGCGGAUCCGUGAUCGAUACGACGAUAAGACGCGAGAGUCUCUAUCUCCGUAUAACGUUGUCUCGUUCGCCUCAGUCGUUCGCAUUUUGCAGAAAUGCAGUUUUCAUCGUAAACUCAAAAUGGAAUACGCUUAUAUCGGCCCUGUCGGAUGGAUCAAAACGGACAGGAGCUGCAAAUACGCUUUUGAUAAAACGAAGGUUAGAAGAAGAGUUUAAUCGUUUGGCGUAUUUAAUUAUUAAAAGAAAAUAAUUUGUUGCUUCUUCGAUGAAUCGUUUCGUUACGUAUGGACUUGUUUUAUCUAUUUAUCUAUCUAUCUAUCUAUCUAUCUAUCUAUCCAUCUAUCUAUCUAUCUAUCUAUCUAUCUAUCUCUCGCUCUAUCUUUUUUCUAUUUUUUUUCUUUUUCUUUUCUUCGUUUUAUUUUUUCCCUCCUUUUCUUUCUUCUCUUUUUAUAAUAUUUGUAAUUGAUAAUUGUGUUUACUUUGCGAGUGGACAAUCGAAGGAUAAUAUAAUAUGGAUAAUCAUGGAUUGAAUUUCUUUCGGUAGCUACGUGAUUCUUAAUCGGUGAUUUUUUUUAUUUUAUUUUAUAUAUCUUCUCAUCGUUCUCCUUUUAUAUUUUCAUUUCGACGUUAUGUCGAUUUAACUUCCUAACGAACGUCAAUACGAAUGUCAAUAUAAUCGAUCUGAGAGUUUAGAGAUUCUAUAGAUGAAAAAGUUAGAAUGCUUGUAUCCGAUAGGAUACGAGUGAACUCAUCGAAGUUCGUUCGUUCGUUCGUUCGUUUAUCGAUGAGAAAACUUUCGUACUCUGUGAACUAGGCGAAUCAAAGAGGUGACAUUAGUCGUGAUGAAUCGUAGAUAAACGUCCGCUAGAUUGAAAUUAAUUAAACAUAGAACAAAUUUCUAGGAUUAUCUAUAGUAACUUUUACAAAUACACGCGUAUAUACACACACAUACAUAUACACACAAAUACACACACACACUUAUAAGCUGAUGCUAGAUUAGAUGAAUCGAAUCAGAAAAUGAAAAAGAACGAUGAACAUUAAUCGGUACCGUACAAUUAGAGUAUAUAUCAUUUUUCUUUAGAUAUUUUCUUUCUUAUUUUUUUAAUUAAUUUAUUCCAAGAAAGAUGAGCUCGAGAAUCGAGUCUAGUUUGUUAUCGUAGAACGAUCUAUGUAAUAUGUGUCUAUCGGAAUUUGUUGUCACCGAUUAAUAUCUACGUAAUCGCAAGAGUUUUCGUAGCGACGAAUCGGAGAUUAUAGAUAGAGGAAUUAUUUCUAUUAACGAUAGAUCGAUAAAUUAUUGAUUAGAAACAAUAAUAUACAAUGAGAACAUCGUUCCUCGUAUACGACGAAUCGAAUUCAGUAUCGACGAUUGAAUCGAUUCGAUGAGACGAAAUCAAUGGAAAGAAUGGAUAUAUCCUCGCGAAUGGUUUUGGAUCGAUGCCUCAAGUUAUCUCGAUCGUUUACCAUUCGCUUCGGAAAAUCGAAUUUUUUUCCCUACGGCUACGAUCCAUCGCGCGAAGCCGAAUAAAUUGUUUUACGAUGAUUUAAGCUUUUACGAGAUGGAUCGUACAAAAUGAUCGUGAAAUCGGCAUAUCUGUACAUAUGUAUGAUAUAUAUCGUUUUAACUUAUACACACGACUAUUGUUACUUUUACAAUAAAUCAUUGUAGAUAACAUUGACCACUAAAAAUAAACGAGAGCUAAGUUAA